UUUUUGUCUCAAAAUAACUAUGGAUGUAAUAAAAAGGUCCAAACCUCAACCGUAAGUUGUGGAUACCCAUUUAGAUGUUAACAAUGUCCCUUUCUUACUUUCCACUGCUGUGCAUGCAUUUCAGGGUGAUCACAAUUCAAUAUGAUGCCAUUCCGAGAAUCAAUGUUGGAGAGCAAAACACUGAGUAAAAUGCAGUCUAAGUUCGAGCCCAGUUACUAAACUAGGCAGGUCGGCGCCUAUCUCCGGUUGCUAUAUCGUGAAGCAAUAAGGAGUUUUUCCUCUUCCUCCUGGAAGGGAUGCUAGUCCAUCGCAGGGGUGCCCCACCCAAAUAUAAGUAUAACAACAUCGUGUUUACAUUUUGAUAAUCACCGUACAGUUUCUUUUAUUGGCUUUAGAUGAUAAUCCUCCUCCUACCGAUUUCUCACUGCAGAUGUAAUUGCAUGUGACCUCCUCUCUCUUCUUCGGAAGUAAUUCAAAACACAUCUUUGAGAGAUUUAACUAUGAAUUAAUUUCGUCUUAUGUUCUACCAGGCCAUCUGACAGGUAAAAAAUGUGUUUGAACCCAACGGUCCAUCAAGCCAGUGCUCAUGUCCGGAUUUCGUAGAUUUAAGUGACUAGGAGUUUGAAUGCCAGCGUUUUGUCGAAAGUUACAAUCAGUAAAUAUCAUCAAAAACCACACUCCAGUUAAAGUACUUCGUUUUCGUUCUGCAAUAUGAUUGGUUUUCGUCUUCUAAGUGUCACUGGUUUCAGUAGUCAAACAUUAGGUGGAUGGAUCAAAAUUUUUGGUUCAAUUGGGUGGGCGGGGCUAACCAUGCUCUCACUGGUGAGUACAUUACCUAUGUCGCCAGACACCCGCAGGAAAAAAGUGUAACUAGAGGAAAAAUCAUAAGUAAAGAUCAACAACAUAGGACAGGGAAUUUGGACAACAAGCUUUUCGCAACUAUUUAUUCCAUUAGCACUACACUCUCACAGGCUUAAACCAAGUUUGAAUGAACCGUGCGAGGAUGAAGUAUCCAUCCACAAAAUAUGACGUAAUAAGGAAAUGAAUGCAAUACAUGUAAGCAUAAAAGUAGAAGGCGGUCCGCGAUUGAGUUAACCUGUAGUGUGUAACCUGCGCGAUAUUGUUUUUCCUAACCUGUAGAGUGUAAGACUGUUGGAUCCCCCGGACGCAUGGAAAGAUUUUACCACCUCUUCUGCCUGGCUUGCCUUCUUUCGUCUGUGUUGUGGACCAUAAAGGGAACGUAUUAUGUGAAACCAACAGGUCGAUAUGAGAUUACAGAAAUACCUCUACCGUCUUCAGUUAUCGAGCAAAUCAAUAAAAAUAACAUGCAAGCGACACUCAACCCGGGUCAAGUGACUCCUACAGUUGUUCCUACAUCAGCAACAAAAAACGUACAGCUACCUCAGGCUCUAGGGCCAGCUUCUUCACAGCCAUGCUCGCCACCUCCUACAUGUCCAUGUCCAUGUCCGCAACCAUCUUCAAGUGGUAAUCCUCUGUAUCUACGACCACUCCCCAAGAUACAUAAGCAAACCAACUCUCACUGUCCUUCUCUCUGCAUUUGUCUAUGCAUCGGUGGUAGUUUUACGCCCAAUCCUCCUGCGCCCAUCCAGCCUCUUAGUAACGCAAGUGGCCCCAACCCUGUGGUCGCCAGUCCUCUGAUUAGCCAAAUAGCAACAUUACCGUCCAGUGCAACCUCAGCUUCCAAGUCAACUCCAACGAUCUCAGCGACGUCAAGUGCUAACUCUGUGAACUGCCCAGGGUUUGUAGGUUGCUCCUUUUCUGAAAGUCCCGUGAUCUCGUUUUCUAGGACAAUUCAAACGGGAUCCAGUGCCACACCUGGUCCAAGUCUUAUACCACCAAUGCUCCCUGUUGCUCAAGUUCAAACGGGAUCCAGUGCCAAGCCCGGUCCAACUCUUAUACCACCAAUGCUCCCUGUCGAUCAAGGAUCGAAGCAAACGUAAUAAUGAUGACAUCAUUUCUUAUCAAUCUGCAUUCCCCAGCAACCGAAAGAGCGCAAUACGUUUAGCUUACAUCAGAAGAAAUGAAUCCGGCAACGAAAAUUUUUAAUAAAACAAAUUUUAAAAUUGUACUGUAAAAAUAUGUUGUAUCGGGCGGAAAAAAUCAGAAGAUCAAGGUAAGAGAGUGAAUCCCCCAUAUAGGCCUUAUACCCAAGGUCAUCAUACUUAAGCUAUUUUUAGACAUGGUACCCAGUUCUUCCGCGGGAUUACCUUUGAUGCAAGCCUUUACGGAGGAUUCACUCUCUUACUGAUCUUCUCCUGCUGCAACUGAAUGCUAAACUGCUUUUCAUGUAGCGAGUGUUUAUAAGAUAAGUUAAAGAGGCCUUUUAUAUAAUUUUUUUUGCACGGAGAUCCUUCAUUAAACAAGUAACCCUGUU